CAACGCGUCUUAAGGUGCAAGCAAGAAAUUUCUCUUCCCCAGAUAGUCCUCCUCCCUUUCAUUAAACCCUUUAAUACGCAUCCAUUCUCUCUUUUCCAUCGCUACGAUUACACCAUGGCCAGAAUCGCUUCUUCUGUUACCGUUUUCCUCUCCCUCCUCUUCCUUUUCACCUUCUCAUACGCCCGUGAUAUCCAACAUACCUUAGCCGAAUCCAAAUCCGAGACCGAAUCUGAAUCCGGAUCCGCAGCAGAUAUCCAUCCCGAACCCGAAACCACUCGCUGGAACUCCAAACCCCAGCAACACGACACCGUUUCAGUCAACCUCGACUCACUCGAUUCCGUUCCGUUGACUUUCCUAAGUUUCCGUCCGAUCAACCGUCACGGCCAUCCGCGUCGUCCGUUACCCUUAUCCAUCCGCCACGCCUUCCGCCGCUGCCGCCACGGACACCACCGCCGCGAGAUCCCGUACGGAAACGACGCGAUCGUGCUCAGCAACGCCGCCAACGGUGACCACCGCGACGGAUUCAAUCCUGCGAACCUCAACGGCGACGUUGGCCGGAUCACGACGCGUUGGAUGGGGUUUCCCCAUGCCGAGAAGAGGUUCCUGAAGAAGAUGGAUCUCCACAAUCACCAUCAUCAUAUCCAUAGCCAUCAUCAUCAUCGCGAUGAAGAGCAUAGGGAGGGUUGGUUCACGAAGACGAUUCACAAGUUCAUGGACUUGUUCUGAUUUUGAUGCAACUGAAUCAAUGAUAUAGUGAUGCCUAUAUAUAUUAUAUAUAUGAAGGGUUUGGGUAUGAUUGUAAAUAAGUUUGCAUCUGUUUCAGAGAUGUUGAAAGCAUUUAUGUAUGUGUAGUUUGAUAUACUAUGAUGCACUACUACUAAGUUUUUAUGUUAUUUAUGGGUUGUUAGGGAUAUUUAUUAGAAUAAUAUACUUUGUAUUGCCACUACCAACUCCUGUACUGAGAUAUAUGAUGAAUGGAAAUGUUGUUAUUUGCUCUUCA